UUUCUCACUCAAACAGAGCAAACCAGGAGAGAGAGACUUGGGAACAGCAUCACGGCUGGCUGCACUGAUUGAACAAUGUGUAUGUAAAAUGAACCCAACUUUCUCUCUCUCGAGCUCUUCACUGUAGGGUUUUUCUCUCUUUUUCCUUUCACCAUUUUUCUCGGAACUUGUGCUCCACAUCAACUCUACGCAGAGACUUCAAACUUCCAACUCAUUGCAGAGUCUUGAGUCAGGCAAGCCUUAGUUAGCUUUGUCCUCUUCGCUGCUGAGAUAAUACAAUAUGCAGACCACUAAAUCGAGACCUGGUUCUCUCGAUGUCACUCCAAAACCUUCUCCUGCCACACCUCGUACAGCCCGGAAGCUCAAAACUUCUGGAUCAGAUCCCGAUUUGUUUUCCUCACCAAAGAGCAAAACACCUAAGGAUAAAAGUCCUAAAGUUGUUGGCCGAUCUCCACGAAGCCCAGCAAUAGAGAAAAAGAGAGCACCGAGCAGAGUGUCUGAAUUGGAGCCUCAGCUGGCUCAGCUGCAGGAUGAGCUGAAAAGGGCGAAGGAGCAGCUGAGCUCUUCCGAGUCAUGGAAGAGGAAGGCUCAGCAGGAGGCGGAGGAAGCUAAGAAGCAGCUUGCAGCUAUGUCAGCUAAACUCGAAGAAACUCAGAACCAACUGAAGGAACUCUCCGACUCUGAGGAAGCUCGACUACAAGAGCUACGUAAGGUUUCUCAAGACCGAGACAGAGUUUGGCAGUCAGAACUGGAGGCUGUUCAGAAGCAGCACUCGAUGGACUCUGCUGCCUUGGCUUCUGCACUGAACGAGAUUCAGAAGCUAAAGCUUCAACUAGAUCGGGUUACUGAGUCUCAAACUUCUCAUGCUAGGCAUGCUGACUCAGCUCAUGCUGAGAUUCAGAGCCUGAGAAUCGAGCUUACGGAAACUCUCGAGUUGGUCGAGAAUCUCAAGAACCAGUUGAAUGAUAGCAGAGAAUCGGAAGCUCAGGCCAUGGAGGAAGUUGGCAAAGCUCAAAUGCUGCUGGAAGUUGUCAAGACUACAGAGGAAGCUCUGCGGUUGGAGCAUGACAACGUCAGGGAAUCCUACAGCUCGUUGCUGGCUGAGCUAGAUCAGUCGAAAAACAAAGCAAAUACACUUGAGGAACUUGCCAGCAAACUCCGGGCUGAUCUUGCUAAAAGUGAAAGUGAUGCUAAGUCCUUGUGUGAAAAUGGGGAUAAACAUGAGCAGGCAGAGAUGUUGGAGCACGAGGUUGAUAGUCUGAAACGCGAAUCAGCAGAGUUGAGGGACGCCCUUGAAGCAGCUGAAAAAAGAUAUCAAGAUCAGUACCUCCAGAGCACGUUGCAGAUUAGAGAUGCGUACGAGCUAGUGAAGCACUCGAAAUCAGAAUCGCUGAAGAAAGAAUCCGAAUUGGCGGAAAGGUUGAGAGAAUCCCAAGUUGAGAUUGAAGAGUUAAAGGAAAAACUGAUGGAAAAGGAACAGGCAUUGCAAAGUGUUCCAUUGGACAACAACAACUUGCUGAAUCUUGAUGUGAAAGAAAAGAAUGUUGGAAUCGAGUUAAACAAUUCAGAAUCCGGCCUAGAAGAUCUGAAAGCAAGCUUGUCAGAGAUGGAGACACAGCUCCAAAGCAUCACUGAAGAAAACAAGAUGCUCAAAUCCGAGAUCUUGAAAAGGGAGGUGGAGAAAAACAAGGCAAACGACGAGGCCCUUGCUUCAACAGAGGCAGCAAGAGCAGCUGAACAAGAGGCCCUGAUGAAGCUCGGGCACCUAACUGAAGAAGCCGAUAAAAGCUGCAGAAGAACCACGAGGGUCACUGAAGAGCUCGAUGCUGCUCAGGCUGCAAACUCUGAGAUGGAGGCUGAAUUAAGGAGGUUGAAGGUGCAGUCAGACCAGUGGAGGAAGGCGGCUGAGGCAGCUGCCGCCAUGCUCUCCAAUGGCAACAACAAUGGGAAGUACGUCGAAAGGACAGGAUCCUUGGACUACCACACAAUUGGUGGCAAGUUAGGGCUGCCUUACUCAGAAGAUACAGAUGAUGAGUCCCCUAAGAAGAAAAAUGGGAACAUGCUGAAGAAAAUUGGUGUGUUGUUGAAGAAAGGGCAGAAGUAGACAACACAACUAAAGCUCUUUAUGGUUUCAUUUCAUUGUCCUAAAUAAUUGAAUGCGUUCUUGAUCAGAUCCAUUUGUGACUUUUUUAGGUUUAUUCUUGUCUGAAAUUUGCAGGAGAACUAAUGCAGACAGUUACCAGCAGUAAUCUUGUAUAGUUAUGCUCACCUGUUAUGAACUCUCUCUCUCUCUCAUCCCAUUUUGUGUAACCUGCAAUUUGUGCUGGUUUUUGGAGGAAAAUUGUUGUAUGGUUUAUUAGUUAGUUGUUGGAGCUGUUGUAUUUUGUAAUCAGUUGGUUUAAGACCCCUUCAUCUUUGAAAUACAAGUACAUUUCUGAA